GUUUCAAGGUUUAUUGAAACAUAUCCAUUAAUUUAAUACCACUUCUAUUUAGUGUGUCAUUAAAGAAGGUCUGAGAAGACAAACAGGGUGAUAUUGAAAGAACCAUACAAAGUAAAAUAUGGAUGCGUAUAUGGACGCAUUAUAUGAUAUCCGAAUUGCAAGUGCAAUUGUUGCAGUAUUGGUAUCGAUUUUACUGUAUUGGUACUCUACAAGGAACCAUGAUUAUUGGAAGAAAAGGGGAAUCCCCUAUGUUAAGCCUUAUCCAUUACUUGGAUCUCAUCCCGCAUUAGUGAGGAAAAAGAAUUGGGAAGACGUAGAAUUGGAGAGGCGUCAAAAAUAUGGUGAUUUAUAUGGUUAUUAUGAGGCAAGUAAGCCAGUUCUUAUGGUUUCAAGACCGGAACUUUUAAGAGACAUUUUAGUGAAAGAUUUUCAGUAUUUCUCUUCACGACGAGUAUUUGAUUCAGGUGAUCCAAUUCUCGACAAGAUGUUAUCCGUAAUAAAUGGCGACGACUGGAAGAGAAUUCGAACCAUUGUAUCACCCACUUUCUCGACUGGUAAAAUCAAAAGAGUAAUGAGUAUAUUUCAAGAUUGUGCUAAAACACUUCUUCAGAACUUUAAGAUGGAAUUUGCAAAAGGAAAACCUGUUGAUGUAUUAAAAUAUUUUGGAGCUUUCACCAUGGACGUCAUUGCAAGUUCUGCAUUUUCGACAAAAAUAGAUUCUCACAAUGAUCCAGAAAAUCGAUUUGUUAAAAAUGCCCAAGGGGCUUUUUCUCAAGGCAUGAGUCUUAGAUUUUUACUUUUCUUGCUUAUGCCACGUUUGGUGAAAAAGCUUGGUUUUAAAGUCUUUAAUCCUUCAAUCAUGAAUUUUUUCAAAAGUGUAACGCUGAAUAUUGUACAAGAAAGGAAGAGGACUGGGCAGACAAGGAAUGAUUUCCUGCAGUUGCUUGUAGAUUCAGCAAACCAAGCAGCAAAAGAAGAAAAAUUGGAUGAGGCAGAUGAUCUUGCUGCCAACUAUGUAGACGAAUCAAAAGACCAUGCAAUUUUUAAGACUGUUACUACAAAACGUAUGUCUAUGGAUGAGCUUGUAGCUCAGUGUGUUAUCUUUUUUCUGGCUGGUUAUCACACCACUGCAACAACUUUAGGACUCACAACUUAUUUACUUGCUAUGAACCCAGACGUGCAGGAAAAAGUGUUCAAAGAAAUAUCAGAAGCUGUGAAGGAAACUAAUGGUGAAUUAAAAUACGAAUCUGUUCAAAAAAUGAAGUAUCUUGACAAUGUUGUAUCAGAAGUACUCAGAAUUUAUUCUCCUGCUUCUAGACUGGAAAGAACUGUAGACACCGAUUAUAAACUAGGUGAUACUGGAUUAACUAUUCCGAAGGGAAUGGUUGUCGGCAUCCCAGUCCAUGCAAUGCAUAGAGAUCCUAAGUUUUUUCCAAAUCCUGAAAAAUUUGAUCCAGACCGAUUUAGUUUAGAAGAAAGAGAGAAGCAAGUUCCAUAUUCAUAUCUUCCCUUUGGUGCUGGGCCCAGGAAUUGUGUUGGAAUGCGAUUCGCCCUUUUGGAAUUAAAAGUCUGCUUAAUCUACACAUUCAGUGUCUUCCAAGCUCAGAGAUGUUCCAAAACACAGGUUGAAGAAAAAUUUAGUAGUAAAAGGAGUGCAAAAUGGGACAUGCCUUUUGCCAUGGACGCUUUGGAUAUAUUAUAUGACAUUCGAAUUGCCAGUGCAAUUGUUGCAGUUGUAGUAUCCAUUUUAUUUUAUUGGUACUCUACGAAGAACCAUGAUUAUUGGAAGAAAAGAGGUAUUCCGUAUAUUAAACCUUAUCCCCUCCUUGGAUCUGCUCCGGCAUUAGUAAGGAGUAAGAAUUUGGAAGAUGUAGAAUUAGAACGGUACAGAAAAUAUGGGGAUUUAUAUGGAUACUAUGAGGCAAAUAAACCAGUCCUAAUGGUUGCCAAACCAGAGCUUUUAAGAGAUAUAUUAGUAAAGGAUUUCCAAUACUUUACUUCACGUCGAAUUAUUAAUACAGGUGAUCCCAUUUUCGAUAAGAUUUUAUCUUUACUCACUGGUGAAGAUUGGAAGAGAGUCCGUACCAUUGUGUCCCCCACAUUUUCAACUGGGAAAAUUAAAAGAGUGAUGGGAAUUUUUCAAGAUUGUGCUAAAACAAUUCUUCAGAAUUUUAAGAUGGAAAAUGCAAAAGGAAAACCUGUGGACGUGUACAAAUUUUAUGGUGCUUUCUCUAUGGAUGUUAUUGCCAGUUCAGCUUUCUCAACAAAAAUUGAUUCUCACAACGAUCCAGAGAACCAGUUUGUAAAAUAUGCCAAAAAAUCUUUUUUGCAGGAACUUAAUUUCAAGUUUUUAUUUUUCUUGAUUAUGCCAAAUCUGCUCAGAAAGCUUGGAUUCAGAGCUUUUUCACCUGAUAGCAUGGAUUUUUUUAAAAGUGCAACCUUAAACAUCAUUCAAGAAAGGAAGAAAACUGGACAGACGAGGAAUGACUUUCUGCAGUUGCUUGUAGAUGCAGCAACAGAAGUUGCAAAAGAAGAAAAGUGGGAUGAUACGGAUGAUCUUUCUUCCAACUACGUUGAUGAUUCAAAAGGCCAUGCAGUUUUCAAGGGAAUAACUUCAAAACGAUUAUCCAUGGAUGAGCUUGUGGCUCAGUGUGUUAUAUUUUUUCUUGCUGGCUACCAUACUACCGCAGCAACUCUAGGACUUACUACCUAUCUACUGGCAUUGAAUCCGGAAGUACAAGAAAAAGUUUUUAAAGAAAUAUCCGAAGUUGUUGCAGAAACUAAUGGUGAACUGAAGUAUGAAUCAAUUCAAAAUAUGAAGUACCUUGACAAUGUUGUCUCCGAAGUUUUUAGAAUGUAUUCUCCCGCAAUUAGGACAGAAAGAACUGCUGAUGCUGAGUAUAAAUUAGGCGACACUGGACUAACGAUCCCGAAGGGAAUGACUAUCGGAAUCCCAAUAUUUGCAAUGCAUAGAAAUCCAAAGUUUUUUCCUAAUCCUGAAAAAUUUGAUCCCGACAGAUUCAGUCCCGAGGAAAGACAAAAGCAGAUACCUUAUACUUAUCUUCCUUUUGGCGAAUUGUGUUGGGAUGCGUUUUGCACUCCUAGAGUUGAAAGUAUGUCUCGUCUACGUAUUCAGUGCUUUCCAAGCAAAGAGAUGUUCUCAAACACAGCCGCCUUCCCCUGUUGGGGUAUCUCACUUGAGUGCUUAUACACUAUACACAGUGAAAUUAAAAAGGAACAAAUUGGAGUACAACGAAGAUCAGAGGUUUUCGUUCGUGGUAGACCUUUUUUGCCAACUCGCAGACAAUUCGUUGAAGGAAAAGACCGAAUUUCCAUUACUGUUGCAGUUAUGAAUAAUCGUUCAACUAUGAACUAUUUGAGUGUUAUUGCUCACAUUCUUCCACUAUAA